CAUUGGGGGGUAUUUAUAUUCAGGCGCCGUCGGUUUCCCUGUGAGAUUCCGGUCCACUUUGGAGACACAAAAUGUCUGGGAAGAGUUUUCGAGUCAGCGACGGAGACUGGAUUUGUCCAGAUAAAAAAUGUGGAAAUGUGAAUUUUGCCAGAAGAACAAGCUGUAACCGAUGUGGAAGAGAGAAAACGACAGAGGCGAAGCUGAUGAAGGCCGGAGGAACGGAGAUCGGGAAGACUCUGGCUGAGAAGAGCAGGGGACUCUUCAGCGCCAACGACUGGCAGUGCAAAACGUGUGGAAAUGUAAACUGGGCCAGAAGGUCAGAGUGUAACAUGUGCAACACUCCUAAAUACGCCAAACUCGAGGAACGAACAGGAUACGGUGGGGGUUUCAACGAAAGAGAGAAUUUGGUUUACAACGAGAGAGAAGAAUCAGACGGAGAAUACGAUGAGUUUGGUCGCAUAAAGAAAAAGUUUCGAGGGAAAAACAAGGACAACGAAAAAAAGGGAGAACCAGAAAAGAAAGACAAGAAGGAGGAGGAGGACGAGCAGGAGGAAGAAGAAGAAGAGGAGGAGGAGGAAGAUGGCGAUCUUUCAAAAUACAAACUUGAUGAUGAAGAUGACGACGAAGAUGACGCCGAUUUGUCAAAGUACGACCUUGACGUGAGCGAAGAGGCGAAACCGUUCGAGAAGAAAGGCAGCGGCUCGGGUUCUUCUCGCUCGUCGUCUCGCUCGUCCAGCUCCAGCUCCCGCUCUCGGUCCAGGUCCAGAUCCCGGUCCAGGAGCUCAUCCAGUUCCAGAUCGCGCUCUCGCUCGAGGUCUCGCUCAAGAUCCAGCUCCCGCUCUGGGAAAGGCUCCGCCUCCUCGAGAAAGAGGUCUCGCUCGUCCUCGCCGUCUCCUGACCGAGGCCAGAAAAGAAGCCGCUCCAGAUCCUCCUCUGGCGGACGCAAAAAAAGACGCUCUCGCUCCCAGUCGUCCGAAAGGGGGCGUGGCUCAUCCGGAUCUUCUGGUUCUGGCUCCAGCUCACAAAAGAAAUGAUUAACAAAAGUCUUAAAUAUAAAAAAAGAACAGGGGAAAAAAGAAAUCUUACGUAUAACUGCAUGUUGUCUUUGGGGAGAAAAGAACAAAUCCCACACUGUGCUGUUUCGAGUGAGAGUGACGCAGUAUUCAAAUAUUCAGUCUGGUUUUUUUUUUUUGUUUUGUUUUGUUUUCUCUCUUUAAUGGUAACCAGAAUCUGCCUUUCUGACCGCGCGAGCUAUCCGAACACUCUGCUAACGAUGGUUCGGUGACGGAAGUCGUUCUACACAAACUAAUAAAAACAUCGCGUAGAAUUUUUCAUGAAUUAUUUGCUGAUGCUGGUUUUCCAAAUUCCUGUUUGAACGCUGUAGGUAAUUGAGUUUCGUCCGUCAUUAUUGACGACUAGUUGUGUGUAAGGUGAAGGUAAGUAUGGUCUACUUUGUGUUUGGGGGUGGGGGGGGAUUUGGGGGUGGUGUCUUCACUCGGAGGAGCUAAUCUCCGAAAGCUUUACUUUUUGUUUUUAAGUCCUGAUUGGUAUCCAAAUUCCCGAUUUGUCCCCGAACCAGCUUUACAAAUCCAGAACGUUAGCGCGUUUGUUCACAUGUUGCGUAUCGUUUAGAGGAAGUAGUUUGCGAUUCAUUAGAACCACAUGGCAAUGUGAUCGGUGCAAAUAAAUCCCUGUUCAACUUA